GUCAGUCAAGUACUUCCUGGAUAACUUGGAUCGUAUUGGUCAACUGAACUUUAUCCCAAGCAAGCAGGACAUUUUGUUUGCAAGGAAGGCGACUAAAGGCAUUGUCGAGCAUGACUUCAUCAUCAAGAAGAUUCCUUUCAAGAUGGUGGAUGUCGGAGGGCAGAGGUCUCAGAGGCAGAAGUGGUUUCAGUGUUUCGACGGGAUCACAUCGAUACUCUUCAUGGUUUCGUCAUCAGAGUACGAUCAGGUCUUGAUGGAGGAUCGAAGGACAAACCGUCUGGUGGAGAGUAUGAAUAUCUUUGAGACGAUCGUCAACAACAAGCUUUUCCUCAACGUGUCCAUCAUUCUCUUCCUCAACAAAACGGACCUGCUGGUGGAAAAGAUUCGCACGGUGGACAUCCGCAAGAACUUUCCAGAAUACAGAGGAGACCCGCGCAGGCUAGAGGAUGUACAGGCGUUCUUGGUGCAGUCAUUUAGCCGUAAGAGGAGAAACCGGGGGAAGCCGCUCUUCCACCACUUCACCACUGCAGUAGACACAGAAAAUAUCCGUUUUGUCUUUCACGCCGUCAAGGACACCAUCUUGCAGGAAAACCUCAAAGAUAUCAUGCUGCAGUGACCUUCACAGUGCAGACGACGGCUUCUCUGACUGUAAAAUGUGAAACCAGCCACAAAUCCAGGGCUGGAGGACUACAGAGCAGGCCUGUUUUUGUUCUAGCUAAUGACUGCAUAUUAACACUGACCUGUGGAGCAUCCAGUUGACCCACAAUGUGGAUUUAACUGAACUUUGAACUCUGAACCUGUGGAGCCAUGAAUUGACUCUGGACCUGUUGGCCUAUGUUGGCCCCUGUGGAAACUGUGAGGCACAUAGAGGACCAGAUCUUGCAUUUAAUCUGUAUAAAUGUAUGUAUGCUGGAAAAACCGUCACCUUCUCCUUCUUUUAGCUCUCAAGUGUAAAGAAAAAAAUAGAGAAAAGAACCAAUGAGCAUGACAUGAGCACUGAAAGUGUCUUUUUUUUUUUUUUUUCUCAAAUGACAACCCUGUCACUAAACUAAGCCAGACUGCUGCCAGUUGGAAAGUAGCGAGAUCAAGCUGUGUGAGUAAGAAGUUGGAGUGAGGAAAGAAAGGAAGCAUAAGGAAGAAAGAAAGUUUAAAACAAGCUGAAAAAUGCUCUGUCCCAAUGUGCACGUGACAGAGGGAGAGUGGUGAAGGUUUGGGCCCGUUCUGGUCAUAUGCUGUGUUAUGUGAUAAGGUUGCACAAGACUUCCUCUUGAUGAACUUUAACAGAGGAAAGAGAUGAAUCUCUCUUAUGCUCCCCGCUCUCUCCCAUGCUGUCUUUAUGUCUCUCUCUCUUUACCUCUCCUUCACUGCUUGUGUUUAUCCUCCUACUCCCGCCAUCAUACAAGAGAGGAACAGCUGCAGAUAACCAGUCUUACCCUCUCCUCUCUGGCACAAUAGACAGAUUGUACGUCUCCUCCCUCUCCAGCAAGAGACGGUCAAAUUAGCGACUCUUCUUAGUUUACAGAAACACACACCUCCUGGUCUUGCACGAAUUACGUUUAAUCUCUUUCGCUAUGCAUUUCUUCUAUUUUCCCACCAACAUCCCUUUAGAAGCACUACAAUAGACUAGACUUGCCUGAGGCAUAUUAUAAGUACCCCAUUUACAGGAAGGCUGUGGUAUAUGGUUACACUACUUGUUCCUGUUCUUUUGUCCUGUAAACGUGAAGGGAACAGCAGAGAAUGACAGGGUUGAACUGUAAAUGACCUUAUUCUUACAUGGCCGGUGGCCAUUUUGGACUUCUGUAGCAGUCAGAGCAGGAUGUCUACCUAGAGGACUGGCACAAAACAUUAAAACUAGCCAGACUGAACAAUAACACAGGGAAGUUUGCUAACUUAUGCAGAUGAUACACAAUGAGUUUCUUUCCUUCAACAAGUCAGGUAUUUUCUAUAUCAGGACACCCCUAAGUUUAUUACCACGCUAAUACCAUAGAGAACCAAUCGUCAUUUAUAUUAAAUUAGUUUGUACUCAUUUAAGCCACUGGUCGCGUCUAGUGCUUUAUCAAUUAGUUGAUUAAUCGAUGAUUCAAUUGAUUGAAAAUUAAUCAGCAACAGUUUUGAUUAAUUUAUCAAGAAAACAUGCUGUUUCCAGCUUCUCAAAUGUGACAAUUUGCUGUGGUUUUUUUCUGUGUUAUAAUAUUGGGAGCUUAAUGGGUUUGAAUUUUGGACUGUUUGUUGGGCAAAGCAGGUAAUUUCAAGAUGUCAUUUUAAAGCUGCACAUGUCGAUAUUUUUAUAUUAACAAUAGAACAAUGACUGUGUUUAAUGUGAAAGAGGUCGCUCAUAGUGAUGAAUCCACAGGGAAUUAUUAUUCAACUCUGCAGUUCCUCUCAGAUGUUCAGACAUUUUCAGCUCAGUGUUUUGGUUUUGCGGUCCACCACUCGGUUCUCUCAAACAGUGCCCAGCUGUUUUCAGCAAUAAACCCACGCUACACUACCUGUCCAGCACCAAACAGCAGGCAGACAAAGUCAGCAGCUAACUGGUGAAAAUAAUGGAGCAGCUAAAGAGCCAGCUCUUUACCUCAGAAGUUGGUCUGAAAAUUGGUUUUAAAUUCAUGACGUGACCACAAACACAAUUCCAAAUUAAUGUUGCUCUUUUAUAAUAAUCUGCUUUCUAAUACGCUAGCUAUAUCAACUUUAUAUGGUGAUAGGACCCUCUGAAGAAUAAACUCACAUAAACAGGCGUUACAACAGAGGCCACAGAGCAUAUGUCACUGUUGUGGUUACAGCUUGCUGCGAUGCCCCCAGGCAGCCAAUAAAAUCACUUAAUGCAGGUUAAAGACUUAAAGACUAAACGAUUAAUCAAAACAAUAACCAACAGAUGAAUCACUAAUGAAAGAUAAUCACUAGUUGCAGCCCUGUUUCACCAGUGAGAGUUAGCUGGUAAUGUAGCAUAAAGAAAAAGCACUAUUGCUAUGGUUACUUGCAGUAUAAUAAAAUACUAGUGAAAAUACUUAUUGUGCACUGAUUUAUGAUGGUGGUAAAACUGUUAAGCAGAACUAUGAGAAGUCCUGUUAUGUGAUUUUAAUAGAUGCUUGCCAACCAACCAGAAGCAUUUAUUUUCAAAAUAUGCUCAAUUUGAAACCACAUCCUUCCUUGGAUUCUUUAAAUCAGUUUCUUUCUAAUAUGUUCUCAAGUGGAGAAUCUAUGAAAUGAAAAAUGUUGAUUUGAUUCCCAACAUGCAUUUUGGUACGCAGCAGUAGGACACAGCUGGGCUGCUCCUCCCACCCCGAGUUUUAAAUCCAAAUGGCCUCGAGGGGAAUGAGGCUAAUCAUGAGCACUUCCACAUGCCUUAUUAUAAUACUGUAUUAAACUGUGUAAUUUGUAUGUGCUUUUGUGUGUUUCCAUAGUGAUUUAUGGUCCUUUUGUGCAUGUUCAUACAUCUUGUACAUAGAAUAAUGUAUGUAGUGUCAGACAAAAGUAUUUGACUGACACUGUGUGUACUGUGGUAACCUUACAAUACAAACACCACUCUGUCUAACACUAUCACUGUAACUGUAACGUUUGUUGUUAACUAUAACCUACCUUUUACACUUAUACAAGUUUUUUGUAAGUGUCAUUGCACUGGAAGUGUCCAAGAGAAAACGACCAGAAAGGAAAACGUCGGGGGGGGUGGUGGGGGGGGAUGAAACAAAGAAACAGGCGACAGACUUUUAAAGGCGAGUAGGAUGGAGGCAGGGGAUGAAAAGAGGAAGGUCUGCUGCUUUUGUUUUCUGUUUCCCAGUGCCUUGGCUCUGUGCUCUGUGGUGAAAUACACUGCCGUUUGCUGA